AUGAACGCGGCGAAAGAGGCCAAGAUCGCGAGCCUUCACGUCAAGGCGGUGGAGUUUGAGCUCGAGAUGGCGGAGGCUGAAAUUGAGCACAAAAUGGCUAUCAGGGAGAUUAAGCGUGAAGAGCGCAGAGCGGUGGAACAGGUUGCGAUCGAGCGCAGGAUGGAGGAGAUGGUGCGCAGAGCGGAGGAGUCGAUUGCGAGUGAGAGACAGAGACAGGCUGCUCUGGAGAAGGAGAAAGCGGAAAUCCUUGCCUGUCUCUAUCAGCGCGAGCAGCGGGAUAAUGCGAUGAUCGAGGACUCUGGCGGUUCGCCUAGAAAGAAGCGUAACAUGGAGCACGAGGCUGCGGAGGUCACUGAGACUAUGGACGAGACGGACUUGGAGGAUGGCCAUAACUGA